AUGACCAGUGACAAGUAUGCACACAAAGAUGUAGAAUGUGCACAAGUUGUCCACAACAUCAUACUUGAGAUAAUCAAGAAGGGGUCUGAGAAGGAUUUGACCACACAUAUCAACACCAUAGAUGCCACUAACAACAUCAAAUCUACAUGUGAGGAAGAAACCAACGGCACAGUGCCCUUCCUAGACACUCUACUGGUAAAGAAAGAAGGCGGAACCGUGAAGGUAUUGGUCUAUAGAAAAAAGACCCAUACGGACCAACAUCUGAACUUCAAAUCUCUCCAUCCUUUACACCAGAAGUUAGGCGUCGUACGCAUAUUGCUCAACAGAUGUGAUAUAAUAGUCAAAGAACAACAGUACAAAACACAAAAACAGUUUCACAUCGCUAGGGCAAUGAGAUCAUGUGCAUAUCCGGAAUGGGCCAUAAAACGGGAAUAA